GGCCCUGCGCCGCGUGCGCCGCCCGCCGCCGCCUCCUGGCGUCGCGGCGCGCUGGCGCUGGGCGGCGCGCUGGCAGCCGCGGCGCUUCUGAGGGCGCGGCGGCAGCCGGCGCAGGUGGACAUCCAGGUGGCCGUGGUGGGGCUGGCGGCGGAGUCGCCAGAGGACUGCGACGUGCGCAAG